GUGAAGGUCUGCAUUGGAUCCUCUAAGCUCCGCCCCCUGUCUUUAAUCCAAGGCUGCACCCCUGGCUUCCCGAAGCAAUUUACACUUUGCAGAAGGCUAAGAGGUGUUGGGGGGAGUGCGGCUGCCUGGACACUUCACAGUACCCGAGGAUUAAAUUUUACCAGCAGCAGGCUUCAGAAGAACGUCGCCAGGAAAGGCACCGAUCACGCCAUGAAGUUUCUUCCUGCCAUUCUUGCCGUACUGUGUUGCAUUGCUGCUAGCCUAACAUGGGCUGCCAAAAUUGUCAUUGUGCCUCCAAUCAUGUUUGAGAGUCAUCUGUACAUCUUUAAAACUCUUGCCUCUGCCUUACACCAGGAUGGGCAUGACAGUGUGUUCCUUGUGUCAGAGGGCCGUGAGGUUCCCCCUUCUACGCAGUACCGCCUGCAACGUUACCCUGGCAUUUUUAACAGUACAACGGCUGAUGACUUUCUGCAGUCCAAGAUGAAAAACAUAUUUUCUGGGCGACUAACGGCCCUGGAACUCUUCGAUAUUUUAGAGCAUUAUUCCCAAAACUGUGACUUAAUGGUUGGUAACCAGGACCUCAUGGAUCGCCUCCGGGAGGAAAAAUUUGACCUGCUGUUAGUAGACCCCAAUGAAAUGUGUGGGUUUGUUAUUGCACAUCUGCUCAGGGUAAGGUAUGCCGUCUUCAGCACGGGCCUGUGGUACCCAGCUGAAGUUGGAGCCCCAGCCCCCUUGGCGUUUGUUCCAGAGUUCAAUUCUUUGCUUACGGACAGGAUGAGUUUUUUCCAAAGGAUUACAAACACAGCUGUCUAUGUGGUUUCACGUUUUGGAGUGCAAUUUCUGGUAUUGCCAAGGUAUGACCGGAUCAUAAAGAAAUAUAAUAUACAACCUGCUACGUCCAUGUACGACUUGGUCCAAAGGAGCAGCCUGUGGAUGCUCUGCACAGACGUGGCCUUGGAAUUUCCACGUCCUACUUUACCUCAUGUUGUCUACGUGGGUGGAAUCCUCACCAAGCCACCCAGCCCUCUGCCUGAAGAAUUUCUAUCCUGGGCUGAUGCAACAGAAGACACUGGUUUUGUUUUAGUCUCAUUUGGAGCUGGAGUCAAGUACCUAUCUGAUGAUAUUGCACAUAAAUUGGCUGGAGCACUGGGGCGUCUUCCUCAGAAGGUUAUCUGGAGAUUCUCUGGAACAAAGCCCAGCAACUUGGCAAAUAAUACAAAACUUGUAGAAUGGAUGCCACAGAAUGAUCUUCUAGGCCACUCCAAUAUACGAGCCUUUUUAAGCCACGGAGGUCUCAAUAGUAUCUAUGAAGCAAUGUACCACGGUGUGCCUGUUGUGGGAAUUCCAUUGUUUGGUGACCACUAUGAUACCAUGACACGUGUCCAAGCAAAAGGCAUGGGGAUUCUUCUAGAGUGGAAGAAGAUGAGUGAAGACGAUUUGUAUGAAGCUAUGGUUAAAGUGAUGAAUGAUUCAAGGUACAAACAACAAGCUAUUCUGCUUUCCGAUAUCCAUAAAGACCAGCCAGGCCACCCUGUGAGUCGUACACUCUACUGGAUCAACUACAUCCUACGUCACAAGGGAGCGGAACAUCUUCGUGCGGCUGUGUACAACAUCCCUUUUUAUCAGUAUUUCCUCUUGGAUGUAGUUGCAGUUUUGAUACUAGGGACACUUAUCAUACUGUAUAUAUUGAUAAGAAUAUGGAAAUUUCUGGCUUCUACAUUCAAGUCUGGCUGUGAGCAUAGCAAGGCCAAUGGCUUCUGCCAUAAUGGUAUCCCAAAUGGAAAAUAUAGACGGAAUGGCCACAUUAAACAUGAUAAAAAAGUAAAAUAAGUAAAGAAAGCUAGUCAUUUCUUAAUUUUGUGGCUAAAAGUUAGCGAUUUUCACAUUUUUUUUAAAUUUAUUACACUGUUUCAUUGUGUGCGUGCAUGUGUGUUUUUUUUUUCUCUCUCUCUUUUUUUUUUUUUUGGUCUAACACACAACUACUAUACUGAUUUCAAUUUUCAGGAAAAUAUUUGAACAAAACCAAAACUUCUUUUAACUAUGUUUUACUAAUUUUCAGCCUGGAGGGCAUAUUUGAGACUGUUUUGAUAAGCACAGCUGCAUAAAAUCGCGUUUUUCUUCACUUAAGCCUUAACUUAUAAAUUAGACAUAUAUGACUGGAUAUGUGUGAAUGAAUAUAAGUGCGUGUGUGUAUGCAUCUGAACACUGAAAAAUUCUUAGCGAGAUGCUUUAUGAAGUGGCCUUAAAAGAACUAAUAGAAUGGUUUAUGAAUACACGAUGUAAAUAGAAAAAUUAAUUUAACAUUUUACAUUUGGGGUCAUUUUAAGAUGACGAGGUUAACGUUUAAAGCUGCUCCAUGCCGAGACAUCAUGUUUAUUUGAAAUUUCUAUUUAUAGAGUGUUCUCACAUUUCUUUUUUUGUUGCGUAUGUUUGUACGAAUGA